AUGUCGUCAGCUUCCGUUAAAAUCGUGGCGGAGUAUGCGAAAUCAGGCCGGUCUACGUGUAAAAAAUGCUCGAAAAGCAUCGGUUCCAGUUCGCUGAGGCUAGGAUUGGUCAGCAAAGAUCCCCGAGGGUUUGAUAUGACCAAGUGGCAUCACUUCAAUUGCUUUCCAUAUACUGAUUCUACUGUCAUUUCCUCCCCUGAAGCCAUCACAGGUUUCUCAUCACUCAGGACCAGUGAUCAAGAGGCUUUAAAGAAGUUAGCGAAUGAAGGAGCUCAAACUUCAAUGAAGAUAUCGGAUGAAAAGAAAGAUGCAGCUGACGGAAGUGUGAAAAGAGGUGCAAAAGGCCUAAAGAUUAAUCAUACAGAUGUUGUGGAAUCUAAUGAGCAAAAGCAAGGGAACGUAAAGAAACAAAAGUUGUCUACACCUAGUGAAGGAGGAGAGUUGGAGAUAUCCUUCUCUGCUUCUGAUAUCAAGGAGAAGUACAAGGACGCUAUAUUGUUGCCUAAAUGGAAGGCUUUCCAGACUAUUAUAUUUCUUGAACGAGAUGAUGGUCUUCAUGAUUCAAGUAAAAUUGCAGCAUUUGAUUUUGAUGGGUGUCUUGCGAAGACAUCUGUUAAAAGAGUAGGUGCAGAUGCGUGGUCCCUCAUGUAUCCUUCCAUACCAGAGAAGCUCAAGAGUUUAUAUAAUGACGACUACAAACUGGUGAUCUUCACUAAUGAAUCCAAUAUUGAGCGCUGGAAGAAUAAGAGACAGGCUGCUGUAGAUUCAAAAAUUGGACGACUUGAAAAUUUCAUUAAGCUCGUAAAAGUCCCCAUUCAGGUUUUCAUUGCCUGUGGACUUAGUUCUGGGCAACCAGAGGAUCCCUUUCGCAAACCAAAACCUGGGAUGUGGAAAAUUAUGGAGAAACAGUUUAAUUCUGGUCUCCCAAUUGACAUGGAUAGAUCCUUUUAUGUUGGUGAUGCGGCUGGAAGACCCAAUGAUCACAGUGACGCUGACAUAAAAUUUGCACAGGCUAUUGGACUAAAAUUUUAUGCCCCAGAGGAGUACUUCAUGAGUUCAGAGUAG